CACUGGCUGUUCAGCUGUUUUUCUUUACGCGGGAAGCAACGACGCUUCGACGUAAAUUCGGAAACAUCAAAUUAACGUAGUUAAACGAAAGCAAAAUGGUCGAGCGCAUCGAGGAUCUCAAUUUGCCAAAUGCCGUAAUAGCUCGGCUCAUCAAGGAAUCGUUGCCGGAGUCAGCAAGCGUCAGCAAGGAGGCACGAGCAGCGAUCGCAAGGGCCGCAUCUGUAUUUGCCAUUUUUGUGACUUCCUCUUCAACGGCUUUGGCUCACAAACAGAACCACAAAACCAUAACAGCGAAGGACAUCCUUCAGACCCUAACUGAGCUAGACUUCGAAAGCUUUGUGCCGUCGCUGACUGAGGACUUAGAGGUCUACCGAAAAAUGGUCAAGGACAAAAAGGAGAGUAAGGCCAGCAAGAAGGACACGAGCACCUCGGAGAAUCCCAACGCCAGUAGCACUGCAGCCGGCGAGGAAGCAAACGAGUGAUCUCAAAUGGUCCUAAUAAUAUGGAACUGUUGGCCUCUUUAGCUCUUAAUAACAAACUUAGUAAUAAACGAAGUACAAUAAAUACAA